ACAAAUAUUGCCGGCAAAUUCAAUUCAAAAGAAUCUCCACUAAACACGAAAUUAUGGCAGAUAAAAAGACUGCUUGCAUGUACGGAGCCGAUUGUUAUCGCAAAAACCCGCAACAUUUGGAAGAAUAUAGCCAUCCAGAGCGGAAAACCGAAGAAGCAGAAGAAGAAGUCCAGAAUGGAAGUGAAGCAAAACGUCCAAAUUCCGACAAUGGAAACGGGCACGACACAAAACGAGCAAGAGACGAAUCGCAGCAGCCAUCCCGAAUGCUGAUGGAUCCCUAUGCAGCUGGCGAGGAACGUGCCUCGAAAGCGGAAUACACUCAAUGGCUCUCGGAUCCAGCGUUGUUCAUCAAACAAGUGUUCUUCGUAACAAUGCCCGCGGACUUUUAUAGUUUUUGGGAGUUUUGCAAGACACUUGUGAAGCCCGAACGUGGCCCCGAAACAGCAUUCGAGUCGUUUGGCUUGAAACUCGUGGGACCUUUCGAUGUUCUUGCCGGAAAAUUCAAGGAUCUUCAGCGAUUCGAACCAAUUGAGUAUUUGACGCAUUGGCGUUUCUACUACGAUCCGCCCGAAUUCCAAACAAUAUUGGCGAAGGAAAAGUCCUGCAUUCACUAUGGAUAUUGGCGAGAUGAUGCAACUGUCGAAAGUUCUGAAUGUCUCAUCGCGCGCAACGACGCCGACAAAGGAUACGAGAUGGAAAUGGUAGCUGCCAAUAUCUUCCAAGCCGUUCUUCAUUUCUUAGAAAAGGAUUUUGUAGCAACUCCCUUCAACAAGGCGCAAGUCAACAAAGUUAAAAAACAACUGGAGGACUGGGCAACGGAAAAGGGCUUCAGUCUCACCAACAAAGACGAGAAAAUCACAGAACGCGAAGACAAAAUUGUCUGUCGGACAUUCCAUCGUUUGGGAAUUGUAGCAGAAGUCGAUCGAAAAACGAAGGUUGGGUAUCGCCCGUUGCAACUUUCCGACGCAAAUUUGAAAAAAAUGCUGGAAAACUUCAAAACAAUCGAUAAAGAAGACAAGGAAUCCUUUAAUUUGGCCAUGGAUGCACUGCAACCUUGCAUUACGGCAGCUUACAUCGCCGUGGAUGAAAGUGAUUUUGCGACUUCGUUAGAAUUGGGCAUCGAUUUGUUCUGUUUUGGCUUGGAAAUAUUGCAAGAAGUGGCAAAACCCUUAUUAAUUGCUGGUUACACGAUGUUACAAAGACCUCAAUAUAUCGCCAUUGCAAAAACUCACCUUCAAAACCGCCGCAAAGGAUACGAUUUGGAUCUGUUGAAGAAAGAUUAGCUAAAUUCCGUACUUUAACAUCGAGAUUUUUUUAUUUUUAUUAAAAAAAUGUUCGUUGCUCAUGAGUUUAACACAACAAGGAAGACUCAAAAAUUGUCCUAUUUAAAAUAAAAACUUGAAAUUUCUUAAA